AUGGUAUCCUCCAAGAUCAGGAAAAGACAACUUGAAGAGAAAUUGGGAUUAACAAACGAUGGAUUGAUUACCAGUAAUUUCAACCCGGAUAUAACUGGUAUAGUUUGGGAUAUUUUACAUGAGAAAUUCAAUCUUUUUACUCAUCCUCGACUAAAGGAUGAACAAGAGUCCGAUUAUGUCUUCUUUUUGAUUGUCAGAAAUAUCCAUGCUUCUAUUUGGGCGAUUCGUGAUGAUUAUUUAAACAAUAUAUCCACGUUGGUCUCCAGAGAGUAUGUUUCAGCUUGCUCAUUGGAAGAGUUUCUGAAUGAAGAACUACAAAGCGUUAUUCGGAGGUAUCAUGUGAUAUACGAAGAGAUGGCCAAUCGAUAUAUGGUACAAGCUGAUCAAAUUCAAACCUCUCAAGUAGAUUAUGAUAUUUGCCUGUAUAUUGGAACCUUGACUCUUCCGGAAAAGUCUCUAGACGUCAUCAUGGCUAUGAUAGCAGACAAAUCGUACAUGUUGUUGCAGAGCGAUUGCUUGGAAUACUGCAAAACAUUUGUAUACACGUAUUUCGAUCUGAUAGAAGAGCAGAUGGAUGAAAAUCAGACAGCAAUUUUGGAGAAAUUGACUGUUACCACCAACAUUGUUUCACAAAUAAGUGAGCGAUCAGGGCGUCAGAAACCAUCAUCUGGAUUCUCAAUACGGUCACUCUUUCACUCAACUUUUCUUCAUGGAUUUCUCGGUGUGUUAUUUGGAAAUUUUGCCUGGUGGUUAAUUACUAGAUAUAUCAAUUUUAAAUAG